AUGACGGCCAACGGACACUCCACGACACCCGAAACAUCAUCCUCAGCCAACGAACAGGACCCCGGCCAGCACGAGGAAACACCCGCGGCCGAGAACAGCCCAGCCGACGAGAAAACAUCCGCCCAGGCCGUCGUCCCCCACGAUGGCCAGCUGCUCGACGCCGUGCUGCCGAUCAGAGCCAAGACACCCAGCCUGGGCGUGCCCAAACUGCUCGCCAAGAUCAAGGAGUCCAACCCAGAAUGGCAGCUGAGCGAGAAGCGACUCCGGAAAUUCCUGAACUCGAACCUAUUCCCCCGCUCGAACGAGAAAAAUACCAGCAGCACCACCAACAGACUCGCAGACCCCUCCUCGCCCCAGCUCAGAUCGCCCUCCGAGCCCAUGUGGCUGCCCAACUACGCCUGGGAGAAGGACUGGGAGGCCGCCUCCGUCGAGCACUCUCCCAGCGAACCCAUCAGCUCCCUCGACGAUACCCUGCUCUUGGAAUGCAGACAGCGCUCCGUCAAGAUCGAACCCGUCAGAUUCCCCGCCAGUAACAAGGGGAGCGGCUUGAUCGCCAAGGAUUAUCUCGCAAAAGGCGCCCAGGUCAUCAAAGAGGAUGCAUUCGUCUGGGUGCCUCCCACCAAAAACAUCUCUCGCUCAGUCAUGUCCGGCCAAAGCUGUGCAUUCUGUGGCCGGGCGUUUUCGAUGCAACGGACCAAGGCACAGCCCAGCUGUCCCCACCAUCCGGCACCCGGAUCCAAGGAGGCGAUCGCAGCCCAGCAGCUGAUGGUCACCACCUCGACCAGUCUGACCACCGGCGGCCAGUCGGUGACCGAGAAGCCCGCGGGCCCUGAGCCGUGUUACAUGCGCUUCUGCACCCGGGUCUGUGCCCAACGAUCGGUCGACUAUUUUGGACCGUUGGUCUGUCCACAGAAGAAUCCAGAGUACAUGCAGCUGCUCAGGUUCACCGAUGCCGAGGACUUCAGAGGCGCCCACAUGGUCUUUAAGAUGUUUGCACGCAUGCUGAUCGCUAACGAAUCCGGCGAGAUCGCCACCAACCCGGCAUUCCAACCUGAGCUCUCCAAGCCAGUCCCCAGCGGCGACUCGGUCCACAAUGGCGAAUCCGAAUCCCAGGAGCCCAACGGCUCGGAUGACCCAGUCUCGGCAGCCGGGACUAAUAACCCUAAGAAACAUAAGAAGACCAAAUCGAAAAAGAAGUCCCUGGCCAACCAAAUCCCUCCAUCCACUGGGCCCAGCGUCAAGUUCGAAGAGGUCUACAGUCGAGUCCAAGGGCUCGCAACCAUGUCCGACCGGGCCCGACGAGAGAAGUACCACGGAGGGGGGCAUCUGGGCUCCCAUUUCGCCGACGUCAGGUACGGUCAAAUGUGGCGCAACGGAUGGCAUGCGGUCAUCAAGGCCUUACACAUCAACACCGGCUACCGGCCCCAACCCUCUGAUCCGAAUCUCCAAGCACCCUCGACAGACUCCUUCUGGGACUCCUUCUGGAAGCGCAGAUUGGACCCAGACACCAUCGCUCAUUAUUUCGGCCUCAAAAGCUUCCUCGAAUUCGUCGGUAAAACCUCCCUCAAUCGGGAGGCUGAUCAUGGCCUCUAUCUCUUACAUGCUCGCUUCAAUCAUUCUUGUGACCCUAAUGCCGUCGUCUUGAAACAUCCUGGUUCCGAAGAUAUCCACAAAAGUGCACCCUCUACUAUCUACGUGAUGGCUCGGAAGGACAUCGCUAAAGAUGAGGAAAUCACCCUGUCUUACGUUAAUCCCGAAUUAUCAUUAGAUGCUCGCCGAAGAAAGCUGUUUGAAGACUAUCUAUUCUCAUGUUUUUGUAGCCGAUGUCGAAAAGAGCUAGAGGCAGAAGAGGAGCGAAAGCAUUACCAAGACCUGAUGGAAAAGAUGCGACCAGCAUGCAACGAUGAGCUCUACCACCCCAACCUGAGCACCAACAACCACAGUCUGAAGAACCGGAUCAGUCAGCCACCUGCUGCCACGACCACCACGGGUGAGGACGACGACGAUCAGGACAUGAGCUUCAGCUGCUUCUAG